AUGUCAGAGUGCAAGGGAGAGGACGUUACGAGAGACAACGAUCAUGAUCGCACGAAGAGAAACGAAGAUGACGACGAGGUGAAGAUAACAGGAAGCGAGAAGCGUUGCAAACUCCUCCUUUCCAUGUGGCGGAAGGUUAAAAUCAAGACCGAAGUACUCGACGAGAUCGAGAACUUCUCGGCGAACGACGAACUGGACAUCGAAGCUCCACGAGAAAUUGAAACAAGCGACAGAGUGAAGAAAUCUCGGGAUCUUAGCUAUCUAUGCGAGAGAAACAGAGAGGAGAGAAGAAGGAACUUGCCCUCGAUUAAGAAGGAAAUUACGCCGGACGAGUACGUCGAUUUCGAAGAAUACGUAGAAGCAUUGACGACAGGAAGGAAGUACAUAUGCAGCAUUUGUAGGAUAGAGUUCCCCGACGAGGCACAGUUCAAUAUGCACAUGAUAAGCCACAGCCAUGGGAAACUGUUCCAGUGUGGACUUUGCGCGAAGCAGUUCUCAUGGUACGUACGCUCUGUUCUCUUCCCACCAUAAAAACGCCCGUGGAACAAGAUCGACACCAGCAAAACGUGAUCAAUUACCGCGGGGACUCGAUUCGAAUUCCAGCAGAGGGACCAGCUGAAGAGGCAUCAGGCCGCGGUUCACUCGAACCGCAGGUCGUUCGAAUGCGCCGUCUGCAAGAAGAAGCUACUUCAUCGGCAGUCGUUGCGCGAUCACAAGCUGAUGCACACCAACGUGAAGCCGUUCGAGUGCUCGAUCUGCAAGAAGAGGUUCCUACGGCCGAGUAG